GUUAAUGAGCUGUAAACACGUAGUGUCUCGGCGCUUGAUAUUUUGUCUAUUACCAGUGAAACUACCAGUUUUUAAUUAUAGUUAAAGUGAUCAAACUAACUUUAAACUACACAGGUUUAUGGAUUAUAAACAAUUUACCAGUUUUGUUUUUUGCGGGAAACGAAAGUAAUUAGUUUCGGUAGUACCGUAAAUAAAUUAUCAAUAUGUCAUCAGAUGUUACUAUACAGGAUGUCCCAGCGAAUAAAUCUUAUUCUACCGCAGCUUCACAGCAAAAUUUCUUCCCAGGAAAAGAAAACGCAAUACUUUUUAGCGCUAUUAAUAAUACACCACGGCAAGAUUAUCUUAUUUCUUUAGGUAAUUUAAUAAAUCCCAAAAAUAUCUUAUUCUCGUCUCGCCUAUCUAAUAAUCGAAUAUGCAUGUAUUUAAGUAGCAAGCAAGCUGUUGAGGAUUUUAUGACAAACUAUGGUUCUAUACAGGUAAAUGGAGAAACAGUCAGGGCCAGAAGGCUCAUAACGCCUGCAGAAAGAAUAGUGCUAUCAAAUGUGUGUCCAAGUAUCCCACACGAAGUAAUCAUCCAAGAAUUAAAACAUCUCGGCCUAAACUUAGUUUCUCCAAUCACUUUCCUAAAGAUCAGUGCCUCUCUUCCAGAAUAUAGCCAUCUAAAAAGUUUUAGAAGGCAAGUGUUUAUUAGUCCCGCAUAA